CUAAAUUCUACAUUUCCUCAUUGAGCAUUCAGUCAUCCAUUGAACGUUUAAUGACUAGCUUGUUUGAGUUUACAUUCCUCGUGAUAGUUCAGUUUCAAUUUUCGUCAACAUGCGUGCGUCCGGUGAUUUGAAACUUUUCGCGGUUGUUGGACGCAAACUCCCAACUGAUAAGGAACCUAAACCUGUUCCCUACAGAAUGCGCAUAUUCGCGCCCAACUCCGUCGUCGCAAAGUCACGAUUCUGGUAUUUCAUAAGAAAGCUGAAAAAAAUGAAGAAGGGUAGUGGAGAAAUUGUUUCUUGCCAAAGGAUACAUCCACGAAAGCCAUUGAUGGUUAAGAAUUUCGGUAUUUGGCUGAGAUACGAUAGUCGAUCAGGCACACACAACAUGUACAAGGAAUACCGUGAUCUAACUGAGGAGGGUGCAGUAACCCAAUUGUAUCGUGAGAUGGGUGCUCGUCAUCGUGCCCGAGCUGAAGCUAUUCAGGUGAUUAAAGUGGAGUCGUUGCCAGCCUCCAAGUGUCGUCGCCCGUAUGUCACACAGUUCCACGAUAGUAAAUUGAAAUUCCCUCUACCUCAUCGCGUGGCACGUCCUCUCCACCACCCGAGAUUUACUACGAGAAGGCCUACAACAGUCUUUUAAUUUUUCAAUAAAUUUGAAAGGUUA